UGAACUGUGAGUGACAGACAAGAGGAAAGAAGAAGCGACUGAAACAGCAAGAUUAUGGACCGAUCCUCCAGAUUGAUUGCAGCACGUUGAUCAUUUUCUUCCUGUGUCUAGCAAUGUGGCUCGUGUCGACAGGUUCAAUGGCUGACAGCUUUCCCUUCCUCGAGUGUUUAUUUUCUGGAAUUGUCGGACAACGGGGUCGGAUUCCUGAGAGCACGGGUAGGAACGCAGUCGCCUGGCGCUUAGAAGAAAAGAAUGGGGAUAGGGUUUGGAGAGGAGGGGGAGAAUCCGUGGAGGAGGAGAGAGAGAGGAAGAAAAAGACGAGGGGGAGAAGGACAGAGUAGACAGGAUAGCAGAUGAUGAUGAGACAAUUGUAGAGGCAGCAGCCAAGAGAAAGAGAAAACGGUUGUUCCAACCAACGAAGCUGUCUUUUGGACGGGCGUGG